UCUGGGACUAUUUUAGAGUCAUCUGCGUCGCAGAUUAGUAAUUCUACGACGCAAAUGACUAAUUUUAAUGCUUAGAAAUGUCAAUUGCGUCACAUGUUUAAAUGUGCGAGGCAAAUGUGGUGAUGCAAAUGAUUGUUUUUCCACUAGUGAAGUCACGUGUUGCAUCAUUAGCCAACAAGUUCAAUGCUUUGGGAGAAAAUAAUACCCCACUCCUUCCGUAACAACCAACCUUAGCCGCCCCAUUCCCAUUUUCUCUCACAUCUCUCCUCUCUAGAAACUGAAAAAGAUCUUAUCUUUCUCAUCUCAAAUUGCCUCUACUUGUAAUUCAUCAAAGUGAAAUGUCACCGACUCAAAUUGCAACAUAGAAUGUUAUCUGAUUUAGAGAAAAGGCUUCAAUGUAGAUCUAAACGGCACUGUUAUAUCUCAAACACAAGGCAGAGGCAGAGGCUAAAUUACAUGGAAGCGAUGAAACUGGAAAUUGAACGCCUCCGCUUAAAUCUUUCUACUGCUGAGCGAUAUAGGGCUCUAUUGGCAGUUAGCACAGAUCCUGCUUCUAUAAAUCUGAAUCUGUUGCUGGAUGAUCUACAGAUGAUAAGAUUCUGCAGGAUCACUAGUCUUGCAAUGGUGGGACAAGCAGCUCUUGAAGAUAAAAUUACUAAAUCAAUUGGCCUUGAGAAAAAUGACGAUGAUGUCAUUGAUUUCUGGAAUGUUUCUGGUUUUAGACAGAGUUGUGUUGGCGGUGUGUGUGAGGUACAUGCUGAAAAUGGGGGAGGCGGUGCAAAUAUCUACCGUGAAAUCAUCAGCAGAUUCCUCAAGGUCUUUGUUGUGUUCUCAUUAUGGGAGAAACGUUUGUCAAAUAUGUUGUGCUGGAAGGGGAGCAUCUCUGCUUGCAAGUUAUAGUACAAGGGGUUCUUUAAACUCUAAUUGUGGACAAGGCCACAGUGGCUCAAGCCAUGGAAGCCAAGCUGACAUCUAUACUAAUAACAACUAUGUCACAUCAAAUGGGGUCAUCUGUAAACAGUGCUGCAGUGAUGUUGUGCUGAAUGCAUUAGUACUGGAUUAUGCCAGGGCCUUGUUAAGCUCCAGAAGAACCACUCAUGUUGGUGCUGCUGCUUUUACAGCUUUGGAUAAAGUCCUUGAAUUUUCCUUGAAACUAGUAAAAGGUGUAUAACUUAGCUGAAUUCCCAUUUGCCAGCCUUUUGUACUCGGUCAAUUAUUUUUUCUAUUUUGAUCACUCCCAAAUGAUGUUUUAUUUAAGUGUCUUUAACUACACUUCAUUAAAUAAUAUGCUUUACGCGGUACGUUAAUGUUUUA